AUGACAAACUUAGAAAACAUCUGUGGCAAGUUUAACUCCUCAAUAGAGAAUAUGAAACUUAUAGUUUGCAAUGAACUUCAAAGUAUAGAUACAACAAAAGUUUUGAACUCAGAUGCUUUGAAGAGUCUUAUAACAGACAAAGUUGGAGUUGUUGAAAGAAAGUAUAAAGACCAAAGAGUUUGUGAAAAUGUUGCAAACUUCAUUAUGGUUUCAAACAAUGCUGUUCCGAUGCAGUUAGAAAGUUCUGACAGAAGAUAUGUAGUUGUCAGAACGUCAGAAGCUCAUAUGCAAGAUACUGAAUAUUUUGACGCUUUGUCAGAAUGUUUGACAUCUGACUUUUACAACCACUUGUUCUCAUAUUUCAUGACAUUAGAUAUUUCUAAGUUCAAUCCAAGACAAAUUCCACAUACCGAAGAGAGACAAACAUUGUUAGAAGCAAACAAGAGUGUUUAUGAACUGUUCGUAGAUGAAACUGACUUUGUGUCAUUAGAUGAAAGGUCAUUGUACGAUUCGUAUAAACAAUAUUGUCAAGAGUAUGGUUAUAUGCCAGCGUCUAAACGAACAUUCUUGGCAAAUGUCAAAAGUCUUUUAGAUGUUCAGAAUGGUGUAUAUACAAAGAAAAUUUUUUCUGAGUAA